AUGAACGUUCUUAGAAGAGCUUCCUCAAGCUGGCCGAUUGUUUUGGCAACCAUGAAAAGAUCAUUUAACACCCUCAGAAUCUCCCCUGAUCCUUCCCUUGCUCAUGGUAUACACGUCUUUCAUUGCCCUGAUCAAGUUGGAAUCGUGGCAAAAAUAUCCGAGUGUAUUGCGUCAAGGGGAGGGAACAUAUUGGUAGCUGAUAUUUUUGUGCCCCACAACAAAAAUGUCUUCUACUCAAGAAGUGAGUUUGUGUUCGACCCAAUUAAAUGGCAGCGGAAGCAAAUGAACGAGGACUUCCUUGACCUAUCAAAGAUGUUCAAUGCAGUUAAAUCGCUCGUUCGAGUGCCUUCUGUAGACCCUAAAUAUAAAAUUGCUCUUCUUGCUUCGAAGCAGGACCAUUGUCUUGUUGAUCUACUGCAUGCUUGGCAAGAUGGAAAACUUCCGGUUCAAAUAAGCUCUGUAAUCAGCAAUCAUGAUAGGGUGGGGAAUUCCCAUGUGAUGCGGUUCCUUGAAAGACAUGAGAUUCCAUAUCAUUAUCUGUCCAAGUCAAAGAAUGUAGAAGAUGAGAUAUUGGGGUUGGUUGAAGACACAGAUUUCUUGGUCCUUGCUAGAUACAUGCAGGUGUUGUCUGGAAACUUUUUGAAAAGAUAUGGGAAGGAUGUGAUUAACAUCCAUCAUGGCUUAUUGCCAUCAUUCAAGGGAGGAAAUCCAUCUAGGCAGGCUUUUGAAGCUGGGGUCAAAUUGAUUGGUGCCACAACCCAUUUUGUCACGGAGGAGCUUGAUGGUGGCCCAAUCAUUGAGCAGAUGGUUGAGAGAGUCUCCCACAAGGAUAAUUUGCUGAGUUUUAUUCAGAAAUCCGAGAAUCUUGAAAAACAAUGCCUUAUGAAGGCAAUCAAGUCAUAUUUUUUCAUUAUUCAUUCUAAUUUAAGUUGUUCCAAUCCAAGUGGGCAUAAUAAUAAGAUAUAUGUGCAUUCUCAAUUCUCCUUGUUAAAUUCAUUGUUGUUGGAGUUUUCUUCUCUCUCAAACUUUGUGUUUUCUAGUGUCUAA